UAGAGUAGGGAGAUUGGACUGUCUUGGUUAAGAGUCUACUGUCUUAUGCUGCACUCUCUCUUCUCCAUAUUUUACUGAGAAUUUCCUCUUUUGCUCUCAUCAAUCGCUCUCGAAGUUCUUUUCUGUCAUUCUUUGAUCAGACUUUGAAAGUUCAGAUUCCACGCUCAAUCACAACAUACCAUCGUUUAUUUCCUCCCUACUAUUCCCAUUUCCUUCCGUAUUAAACCAAUUUCAAUUCUCUCAACCAUCUUCAAAAUGCUAUCUCAAAUGCGUAAAGCCGCGGCCUUAGUAGCUCUCAGCUCUGCCGCAAGCGUUCUCGCCUACCCUCAUCUCAACACUCGAGCCAUUCAAGGAUCAACAGAUCUUUGCGGCGAUUAUGAUUAUAUCAUCUUGAAUAAUUCUCCUUGGAUUGUGUAUAAUAUGUUGUAUAAUGCCAACCAGAUUGUGGGAAGUCAAUGUACUUAUUAUGAUAAAAUGAUAACAGGGAGUGAUGGCACUGCUGAAGUGAAGUGGAAUAGUGAGACAGAUAUAACUUAUGUAGAGAGCACGUAUGUAUAUGUAUUCAGGAAUUCCUAAAAAGCACUUAACUAAAGCUAGGCUAAUAUGAUAAUCUAGAAACAACGUCCCAAAAGGUUAUUCCUUCGUCGGACUAACGCAAAACCUCGAAACGCCACUCACGGGCAUCGCCUCGAUCCCCACAACCUACACCUGGACCCGCACCAACAGCACCGCCUUCAAAGGAAACAUCUGCUACGAUUUCAUGACCAACGACAUCAAAGGCGAUUCGACAUCUAGCUCUUCCGAAGAACUAAUGCUCUGGCUGCAAUAUGAAGGUGGACAGUUACCGAUCGGUUGGGUUGACGGAAGUGUAGCUACGAUUGAGAAUUUAUUCGGUACGACUUGGGAUUUGUAUCAGGGUGUUAAUGAUGGGACGGGUAUUAGGGUUAGUAGCCUUUUGCCGAGAACACAGUUUGAGGGGAAUUUUGAGGGGGAUUUGAGGGAGUGGUUGGUUGCGCUUGUGGGGAAGGGGGUUUUUAAGGAGAGUACUUUUGUUAAUGUGGGGAAUGCUGGGUGAGUUUUCUUUUUUUUGGGGUUUCUUGAUAUGUACAGCUUCCUAGGUCUCCCGGGGAGGGGCGGGCGGAAAGGGUGUGUUUGGAUCUUAGAUGAUGGGUGCAUGGUAUUCUUUUGUAAGACUCAUCAUACUAACACAAUAAAGUACCGAAUUCUUCUACGGAAAUUCAAUUAUGAACGCUACUCUCGGUCUUCAAAUUAAUCUCGGUACACCUUCUUCGUAGCUUCGUAGCUACUUGAAGGAGUAAUUUUGGUAGCUGGCCUACUGACCUACUGGUAUCGAGAUGACUGGUCCUUGAUGAGCUGCCGUUCUAUCGGUAGGUAAGUUGGAGGAUGGUGGUUUGGUGAUGUGUG